AUGUUGGAUGGCGAGGUUGCCGAGGCCUUCAAAGAGAGCGUAGAGCGUUCGAACCCUGAUCAUCCUGAUAACCGCAACGAUGUUACUCAGGGCAUCCAUGGCCAUGUCCAUCACCUUGGGCCUGGGCACCAUUCGUGGCUGAACAAAUUCGUACCCCAGCUAGAAGCCCUCGCAGCCAAAUACCACGUUGGCAACUACGUCGCAAUCAGAGGCACCAAUCAACGAUUUUUCGAGAGCAUGCCGAUCUAUGCGCGUUUGGGCAUGCAUCUCCUAUUCUAUGGGAGAGAGCAGGUCAAGCUCUUGGAAGGAAGCAAGCGCAUCGAGGAACUCCUCAUGGAGCAGAGCAGGCGCGAGGGACAGAUUUAUGACUCGCCCCAGUCUAGAAAGAACAUCCCGUCAUUCAUACACACUUACAGCAUCGACACAAGCGAGCUGCUGUACCCUCCCGAAAGCCCAGAAUACAAGAAUUUCAAUGAGUUCUUUUACCGGAAACUCAAGUCUGGAGCCCGCCCUGUGCAGAAUCCUGAUCAUGAAUUCUGCAGCGCUGCCGACUGCCGGCUUGUUGUAUACCCUACAGUGCACGCUGGACAGACUUUUUGGAUUAAGGGGGACGAAUUCACAGUUCCUGCCCUACUAGGACUAGACAAAUCCGAUCCACUCUGCCAGGCGCUUGAAGAUGGCUCCCUCGCAUCAUUUCGCCUUGCACCUUCAGAUUAUCACCGCUUCCACUCGCUUGCGGAUGCUACUGUUGUUGGUGAACCAAGGGAUAUCCCUGGACAGUAUUACACAGUCAACCCACAAGCAGUCAACGAGAGAAAUCUUGACGUGCUAUCUGCCAAUAAGAGAUCAGUUCUCGUUCUGAACCACGACGCGACGAAUAAAAAGAUCGCAUUCAUCGCAGUUGGUGCCUUGCUCGUCGGAAGCAUCAAGUGGACUGUUUCGGCGGGUUCCAAGGUUCAGCGCGGAGAUGAACUUGGGUACUUCGCGUACGGAGGCAGCACAAUUGUUGCUCUCUUUGAGCCGGGGACGGUUGAGUGGGAUUGCGAUCUUGUGGCCAACUCUUCGCCACCGAAGCCAGGACAACUUGGAAUCGAGACUUUGAUGAAAGUCGGCUGGUCUAUUGGGAAGGUUCCCAGCGAUAAGAAUUGA